UUAGACAGCAAAGGAAGAAAUCUCCAAACUCGGUGUAGAAUUUGACAAACCACGAGAGGUGUACUUCCGUUUCUUGGUGAUUAACUAGCUGGCAACGUAAAACCUUGCCGUGCGUCUACCGUUCAAGAGCAUCUCGAGAGUGAAGCGCUUCUUCUCCCCGUUUGCUUUUUCCUUGUUGAUAAGAUUGACAGCAUGUCCGCAACCGUCGAUGACUUAACCGAAGACUUUGAUCGCCUUGCCGCGGAUCCCCACACGGGCCAACACCCCGAGCUGCGCAACAUGUGCGUGAUGAAUUGCGCCAACUCUGCUCGUAUCGUCCCCAAUGGUCCUCCCGUCGUACUCGACAACGAGUGUUUUGAGGGAAAAGUAAUGUUGCUGAUACGUACUCCUGAUGUCGACAACGCGAAAGACCCUCACAUUUCUACCCUGGCAGAGACGCCUUCACGAAUCUCCACCUACUUUAAAGGCAAAAAGAGACGAUUCGAGUUUCAGUUUCAAAUUAAACUCAAGCACGUUCCUCAAGGCCCUCUGUUUCUGGGCUGCGAAUUGGAAAAUUCCAUCAAGAUUGGUACCAUUACCAAAGGCCUUGUUGGCAUUCUACUCGCCAUGGUCCGACGCAUUAACCCCGGCUUUCACUUUGCCUGGGGUCCAGACAACAAGACGGAUGCGUCUGCUAUUGCGUCCGGUGAUUACGAAAAGACCCACAUUUCAUUUCCGGUGGAAGCGUCCAUGGACCGAAUUGUAAUUUCCAAGGCCGGGGAAGAUCCACCGACUUUGGGCCACGAACUCUUCGAAACCAACGAGUCCGUCAAACGACGUCGUAAAAUGGGAGCGGGUUCGGUGGACUGGAACACGAGCGACACUUAUACCAUGUGUUUGUGGUCGGCUUACGCGGACUGGAUCAAGUGGAAGAGUCUCAACGUACCUGGUGUGUCGCCUUUUUUGUUUUCCCGUGUUACCGGUAAACAACCCAUCUACCUUUCGGUGUACGAAAUUGAUAACAUUUCUCCUAGCGAAUAUCGUCGGAAAAAGGGUAUCCCGCACACCCGCAAAGAUCUGAGAGUGUACACGCGCCUGGAAUUUUCUCACGUGGACAAGACAAUUGGUGGUUUGGCCGAUUCGAUCCUCAAAAAGCCGCGCUCCAGCGUCCUCAGCAGUGAACAAUCGUUGCCAGACACGGAGAGCGUAGAUUCCGAUUUUGAGGUGGCUUCGCGUGUAACUACCUGA